AUGGUAAUGUUGUUCAUGACCACUAUUGGAUUUUUAGGCACGAUUAUUAUCAGCCUCAUUACCUACUGAAAACCUGCUGUGCAUUCAGCCAUCAGCUUUCUGUUGGCAACUCUGGCCUUUUUGACCCUAUGCAGUCCCCGGACCUUUGGGGCUCAUUUCUGCCAAAACUCAGCUAUGCUCUAUUGAUUAUUUGUCUUGGAAGGGGUUGCCAUCUGGAUGAUUAGCAUGGACAAUUUUUUAACCACUGUCUAGAGGUAGAACAAGCUGAACUCCCACCAUGCAAAAGCCACAGCUGGUGUGUGGUGUAUUUUUUUUUUUUUUUUUUUUUAUGCUUUCUGCAUUGCCUUUCCUCCACUGACUGGAUGGAUGGUUGGGGAAAUGCAAACCAGGGCUCUCCAGGGUGUAUUUCCUGCUGGCUGAACUAACGAAGCAAUGCUUGCUCUGCUAACCUUUUUCAUUUCUUUCAGCAUCAUCCUCCACUCCAAACUUUGCAUCCUAAACACCUUCUGCAAGAGCAUCCUAAGCACCCACCAACAUGUCCACAGCCUUUGCUUCAGACAAAGGAACAAACUUGACCUGGUAAGACUGUAGAAACCUUGCCAAGUGAACAUACACCUGAACUUCAAAACAAGAGCAUUCACUACAGUUCUUACUCUGUUUCUUGGAUUUUUACUCUGCCAACUCCCCAGCUACACAGCUCGCAACCUGCAGCGUUACUGGUGCUGA